AUGGUGUGCGAUGGUGGCACGAUGCUGUGCCUCGAGUCCCUGAUGACCAGGUGGCGUGAGCGAGGGGAGCGCGACGAACGGCGUGCGCGCUCCCGAAGCCUCUGCUCUUCCGCAGCUGAUGGUAGCCUAUUGCAAUUAUUGCACAGAAGAGCCAGUAGUGCUAUCUCUUCAGCGAGUGAACUCAUCUCACGACGCGGCGUCUUCUCUCGCAGACAGUAUGGCUCCGUGGAACAGCUCUCAGCGCCCGGGGACGGCGGAGCCGCGGAUGCUAUAGUACGGAGAUAUCGUCUUGAAAAUGGAAAUUCUCUCGGGGAAAAAGACGAGUUAUUCGGGCCGCCCAGCGCUCCGGUUCUAGAAAAUCCAGAAUUCCAAACGCGAUGGUACUUCAAGUAUUUCCUUGGAAAAAUGCAUCAAAACUAUAUUGGAGUGGACGGCGCAAGAGAACCGUACCUCUUGAGCGUAGUUCAGGAGGGCGCAGGUCUUUUACGAGCUAUUCUCUUCAAUAAAAUGGGUGCUCACAAAAUAUAUCUUCCUGCGAGCGCAUGGAGCGGCGGUGGCGGCCAAGCUCCCACAAGACCUACACUGAAACAGAUUCUAGCACAAUUCACUUCCAUCGAACGAAUUGACAAAAUGCCUAGAGAGAUAACAUGCCCGGAAUUACAAAAAGACAUUUUGCUGCUUGAAGAACAAGAGGGCUCCGUGAAUUUUAAAAUAGGCGUCAUGAUAAUGAAGCCCGGUCAGAAGACUGAUGACGAAAUGCUGUCUAACGAGAAGGGAGACGAGAAAUGGGACCGAUUCAUUUCACUUUUAGGAGACAAGAUUCGAUUAAGAGGUUGGAAUCGCUUUCGCGGUGGUCUCGAUGUCAAAGGCGACAUGACCGGCAGCCAUUCAAUUUACACUAUGCACCAAGGACACGAAAUAAUGUUCCAUAUCUCAACAAUGUUGCCAUUUUCUAAAGAUAACAAACAACAGCUGGAACGAAAGCGUCACAUCGGCAACGAUAUAGUGAAUAUUAUUUUCACUGAAGACUCAACUCACAACACGUUCAAUCCACAAUGUGUGAAGAGCCAUUUCACUCACAUUUUUGCAGUGGUAUCCGUGGUUGAAGGGGAGGGGUACAGGUUGAGUGUGUAUACAGACGAUACUGUACCUCCGUUCGGGCCAUCCUUACCUUGCCCGCCCAUCUUCAACGACCCACAGUUGUUCAGGGAAUUUCUUCUAGUAAAAUUAAUGAACGGUGAAAAGGCCGCAUUCCAAACGCCUACAUUUGCUUUGAAACGACAAAGGACUCUAGACACAUUGAUAAGAGAUAUAUACGCAGAGCAUUGUUCGGAUCAUAAAGUGCCAAUGCUCUCCCGCCGUGCUCUGUCUGAUGUAUGGUCGGGUGGCGCUGGCGCUGGUGGGGCGGGCGCGGCUCGUACUGAACGUUUCCUUCAUGUUGGACAAGCUCUUAAACUAGACGCAGUAUUGAGGGGUGACGCGCCAACUAGCUUGGUAUCCAGUGGGAGUGGAGGUUCUCGUCGUGCUCCUUGGGAGGGUCGUCUAUGGCGUGCGGCUCCAUUACCAGCCACGCCGGUCUGUGCAGAGCAACUUGCUGAAGGAAGGCUGCUAUUGUCCACAACAUCUAAUACAUACAUAUUAGAAGAGAGCGGUACAACAAAAGUAGUUCUCCGCUGGGAGGGAUGCGUGCGCUCUGCGAGGGUAACAGAGCGUGCUGGUCUGUUCCGAGUGGGGGCGCGAGUGUCGAUAGGAGGCGGCUCGGCGACAGGUGGCGCUGGGGGAGCCGGAUUGUAUGCGCUACCCUUACCAGAACUAUGUGCUGGAGCCUGGGCCAUGCGUCCACUACAGGACUGCAAGCAUGCGAGACUACCCAGGACUAAAACUGCGCAUUUCUUCGAUGUACUUGAACAAGGUGAGGGUGGCAAAACUUUUCUAGCUGUGGCAAUUGGAAGAAGAAUACUCUUGAUGAUAGAAGAAGCAAAUCCUGAUCAUGAGAUGGGAUUUGAAUAUACCCACGUAAAGGAUAUACAACUGAGUGAAUCUCCUAUACUAAUAAAAUUAAUUGACAAUGAGGUCGGAGUUUUGGUUGUUGGAUAUAAACACCAUUGGGACGUUCUCGAAAUGAAUACAACACAGACGGUAAAAAGAGCAGAAGGCUCAGAAGACUGUGGCCCACAGCGCGGGACACUGGUCAACGCAUUACGCAUUGGCGAUGAUAGGGAUGGACAAAUAAUAUUGUGCUAUAAUCACACAUGUCACUUUGAGAGAUUAACAUCAAAGGGUCUAGAGAGUGAUGUUGAAUAUGACUUCCACUGGACGACGGUACCUACAGCUGUAGUCUGCGCUUUCCCUUACAUCAUGGCAUUCGCUGAAGACUUGUUAGAAAUCCGAUUGGUAGCUAAUGGAUCAUUAGUACACGCUGCCUGCAUACCGGGACUUAAAAUCCUUUGCGGUCGACGAGACAUAUUCUACGUGGCUUGUGCCCCGGAGUACGUACCUUUAUCCCGGGAAGUGGAUCCCUGCUUCUCGUUACACGACAGCUACGAGCUGGUACGACACAUCAAUAAGGCCGGAUACUCCAUCGAUGAUGAAGACGCAGACAAGUGCGAUCCCAGCCUAAACAAUCGGACUCCCGAAAACAACUCCGCUUCAAGUCGCAGCAGCUCUAUUUCCUCGGAACAGGAGAAUAUUCGGCCUCCUCUUCAGAGAAUGACGCCCAUUUCUCCACCUACGUCACCGCAAGUGCUUCCUGAGAACAGCGGCCGGUGUGUUCGUAUAUACAAGAUCCCGCAGAGCAAUCUCAGUGCCGCCACUUACCAGCGACAGUCCGUAUCAGCUGACCAGGUCGUCACGUCAUACUUCUCUGACAGACCAAAUAGUAUAAGACAAAGACUCGCAGAAUUAAGACUGGACAGCAAAUCAAGAGGCGGUGGUGACGAAGAAUCUUUAGAUAUUUCAAAUUAUCAACCGACCAUGCCCUAA